UAUAAUUAAUAGUUCAGUCAAAUCAUUACACUCGUUUAUCUUGAAACAGUUUGAAAGUGCUCUUUUUCAUGUAUCGCGAUUAAAAAUCGAAAUAAAAAAAAAAACAUUUUUUUUUCUUCAUUUUGCAACAGUUUGCAAUCUCCACAAUUCUAUCUCAGUCUUGUGCUGCGAUUGCGCCAAUAGAACUUUUGUUCGCAGUGACAGUGUUGUUUAUAGCAUUUUCUCGUAUUUUUUUCUCUCUUGGCUUUAAAAAUUGUUUAUCAUCUUUAUUAAAUCCUUAACAUGAGUAAAUACGAUGUCUCAGAUUUUGAUGCCGACGAAUUAAAUCAUGCGAUUGAUGAUACAAAUUUUCCAAAUUCUCAUCUCACAUUAGCAUCGAUUUCAUCUGCAAACAACAUAAAUGAUGAUGAAAAUGAAGACUCUAGAAGACAAACUGCUUCAUCUAUGCCUAUGCCUGUUAAGCGAAAUGGACACAUUUCAAAAUCAUUUAGCGAUGAUGUAUUUGAUGUGCCAGGUACACCAAAAACACCGCGCUCAAUUCCAACACCAGGUAAUUGGCACGAGAAGUGUACAUUUCAUCAUGAUUUAGAGCUUGACCACCGUCCAUCAACACGAGAAGAUUUGAUAUCAGAUAUGGCAAAUUCUUAUCGAAUGUUGCUAUCUAGCCUAGGUGAAAAUCCUAAUAGACAGGGACUCCUGAAAACACCGGAACGAGCUGCAAAAGCUAUGUUAUAUUUCACAAAAGGAUACGAUCAAAGCUUGGAAGAAGCUUUAAAUGGUGCAAUUUUUGAUGAAGAUCAUGAUGAAAUGGUUAUGGUGAAGGAUAUUGAAAUGUUUUCUAUGUGUGAGCAUCAUUUAGUACCAUUCUAUGGCAAAGUUUCAAUCGGUUACAUACCAUGCAAAAAAAUUUUGGGAUUAAGUAAACUGGCAAGAAUUGUUGAAAUAUUUUCUCGUCGGUUGCAAGUACAAGAAAGAUUAACAAAACAAAUAGCUGUGGCAGUAACUCAAGCCGUUCAACCAUCAGGUGUUGCGGUUAUUAUUGAAGGUGUUCACAUGUGCAUGGUGAUGAGAGGAGUCAGUAAGACGCAAAGUAAAACCGUAACAAGUACAAUGCUUGGAGUAUUUAGAGAUGAUCCAAAAACACGCGAAGAAUUUUUAAAUCUUGCGCGUUCAAAAUAAUUGAAUGAAAAAAUAUUGAAAAAAGUGCAAUGAAUUUUUGAAAGAACAAUGCGUAUUUUUUUAUCAUUAUAUUUAAAU